UCUGCUAAAAUAACAAGUGUUGUGUAACACUCGGGAGCAGUCAGUAGGGAAAGUUGCUGGGUGACUUGCACGUUGGAAGAAUUGAACAGCCGCCCACGAAAUACAGAAUGUGGUAAAAGGAGAAAGGUAGGGAAAUGUCUAGUCGUUCACUUUUACCUCAGUUUUUUCUCUCGAUCGAAAGAUACCUGACGCUCGGAGUAGCGCGACAGACAAAUUGUACCAGAAUCGGCAUAAGGAGAGUUUCAUACCUAAAGCAAAAAUCAGUCCUUGCUUUAUCUAGAAGACACCUUUUCUCUGACAUCCAGGGUUUGAGUCCCUGUCACAAAUUCUCCAUUAACAACAUGGCCCCAGUUGUCCCGAAAACAGAUCCCAUCACUAUUGUGGAAGAUUUGAUCAAGAACAACAGAAUCGCUGUGUUCAGCAAAACAACAUGCCCUUUCUGCAUUAAGGUGAAGCAACUCUUUACUGCCCUGAACUUGGAAAUUGGAGUGCUUGAAGUAGAUACUAGAGAGGAUGGAGCCGACAUUCAGGAUGCUCUCUUGCAGAAAACUGGACAAAAAACAGUUCCUAACGUCUUUGUUAACGGUGAGCACGUUGGAGGAUGCGAUAACACAAUCGAAGCUCAUCAGAACGGAAGACUACAGUUUUUGCUGAACAAAUCUCAAGGGGGUCCUUCAGACGAAAUGACCGAUGACGUCAAGUAUGAUUACGACCUUGUAGUGAUCGGAGGUGGAUCUGGUGGUCUAGCUGCUUCGAAGGAGGCUGCAAUGUUGGGAGCCAAAGUGGCCGUCUGUGACUUUGUUGUGCCAACGCCUAUUGGCACUGCUUGGGGUCUUGGAGGCACUUGUGUCAAUGUAGGAUGCAUUCCUAAAAAAUUGAUGCAUCAAGCUGCCAUAUUGGGUCAAUCAGUCAGCGAUGCCAAGAAAUUUGGAUGGGAACUACCCGAGACUGCAACACACAACUGGAAAACAAUGGUGGAAGCUAUUCAGGCUCAUAUUGGUUCGCUCAAUUGGGGCUACCGUGUUGCCUUACGAGAAAAGAAAGUGAACUACCUUAACGCUUUCGCCGAAUUUGUGGAUCCUCACACUCUCAAGACAACCGAUAAAAAGAAAAAGGAAACUACUAUUACAGCGAAAUACAUCCUUCUUGCGACUGGUGGUCGCCCGCGUUAUCCCGACAUUCCAGGUGCUCAAGAGUUUGGCAUCACAUCAGAUGAUAUCUUUUCAUUACCUCGUCACCCUGGCAAAACUUUGCUCGUUGGUGCCUCUUAUAUCGCGCUUGAGUGCGCUGGUUUCCUUGCGGGCCUUGGCAUUGACUCCACCGUCAUGGUUCGGUCAAUUCUCUUGAGAGGGUUUGACCAGCAAAUGGCAAACUUGAUUGGCUCUUACAUGGAGAAACAUGGAAUUCGGUUUCAACACGGAUAUGUCCCUACCAAAUUGGAGCGCAUUGAAGAAGCGUGCAUUGAAAAAGGCACUCCUGCACGAAUCAAGGUGACUUCACAAAACGAACAAGGCGAAUUGAUGGAAGAGGAAUAUAAUACCGUCCUCUUUGCUAUUGGUCGCGACGCGUGCACGAACAAGAUCGGCAUUGAGAAAGCUAAUGUCAUGCUCAAUCCCAAAAAUGGGAAAGUCAUCUGUGACGAGAAAGAGCAAUCGAAUAUUCCCCACAUUUAUGCUAUCGGAGACAUUCUUGACGGCAAACUUGAGCUGACGCCGGUUGCCAUUCAAGCUGGUCGUCUACUUGCCCAGCGUUUGUUUGGAAAUGGAACUUUAUUAACGGAUUACGUCAAUGUCCCAACUACGGUCUUUACUCCACUCGAGUAUGGAUGUUGUGGCCUGUCAGAAGAAGAUGCUAUCGACAAAUAUGGUGCUAAGGAUAUCGAAGUAUAUCAUUCCUAUUUAACCCCGCUGGAAGUUACCGUACCAAAGAGAGAUGACAACGAAGGAUACGCUAAGCUUAUCUGCGUUAAAUCGCUUAAUGAAAAAGUUGUUGGUCUUCAUAUUGUAAGCCCGAAUGCUGGUGAAAUUACCCAAGGUUUUGCCAUUGGUCUGAAACUCGGAGCCACGAAAGCGGAUUUUGAUAACCUGAUUGGUAUUCAUCCUACCAUAGCAGAAGUAUUCACUACACUGAAAUCAACUAAGAGUUCUGGCGUUGAUGUACUCCAGAAGGGUUGCUGAGGUUAAGGUCUGCUGUAGUGUUAUUAAAGCACAUCUCUAAUUUAGGAAAUUCCUAUGAGAUGUUGUUUGAUAACCUAUAGCAGCCGUCUUUUGUUCGAUUAUAUUUGAAAUGUUCUUUAGAGAAUACGUAGCUUACGCUCGGAAUCCUCUAACUAUGACGGCUUGUUCCUUAAACCAAUGUUCUUUGGUGGAAAAAACCUGAUGUUGAAUGUUUCAAACAAAUGAUAAAUCAUACUUAAUAAAUUAAAGAAUGUAGAAAAUUCCAGUUACCAAUAAAGUAAGAAAAAAGAAAA